AUGCCGAAAUCAAAACGGUCGAAGGUCGUCUCUCUUACAAAAGUCGCCAAGAAGACACGGGAACAAAAGAAUGCGUUGCUUAAGGAGGUGCAAGAAAACUCCGACAAAUGGCAAUAUUGCUGGCUAUUUGAGGUGGGAAACAUGCGGAAUGCGCAUCUCAAGACGGUGCGGAAGUUGUGGAAAGACUCAGCACGGAUGUUUUUUGGACGAGGGGCUGUCAUGGCGAAAGCGUUGGGCAUGACGCCAGAGGAGGAGCACCGCUUAGGACUGCAUAAGCUCGCAAAACAAAUAAAAGGCCAAGUGGGGCUAUUCUUCACCGACACGCCGCCCGCCGAGGUGAUUGCCUGGUUCGAGGACUUUUCGCAGCCGGACUUUGCACGCACGGGGAACGCCGCGCCGCGCACGGUCGUGCUGCCCACGGGGCCGGUCAUGCAGCAGCAUUCGGAGCCGCCGGAGCCGUUCCCGCACAACGAGGAGCCGCAGCUGCGCAAGCUCGGGCUGCGCACGAGCAUGGUGCGCGGCGUGCCGACGCUCACGGCGCCGCACACGGUGUGCGAGCGCGGUAAGGCGAUCUCUCCGGAGCAGGCGCAGCUGCUGAAGCUCGUCGGUUUGCGCAUGGUGCGCUUCCGCCUCGGGCUGCGUGCCAGGUGGGAGGCCGCGAGCGGGGAGGUCGUGCAGGUGGAGGGCGUGAAGAUCGACGAGGAGGAGCUCGAGGGCGGGGACGCGCCAUCAGGAGAGGGAGAGGGCGCGGAGGACGAG